UAACAUAAGCGACCAUAUCUAUUCUUAGCCUGGCCUCUUGACGCAACAGAGACAAACGCUGGCGUAAAAAGGGCUAGAAAAAUUUGGUGGGCGCCGCGGCCGCAUGCGGUUUGGGGUUUGGACAUAUCCUCCGGCGCAUUGGAUCCCCGCCGUUACUGACCGGAUUUUCUGCGACCAUCCCCACAUGUCAAUCCCUCUUCACGCUUAACUUGCUUCGCUUCUCUUUCUCUCUCUGUUUCUCUCUACAAAAGCCCCUUAUUUUUCCUUUCCUUGCCGCUUCCAAUUUGCAAAGUUUCUGUCUCGAGAAAAAUCUGUCUUUCCGGUUCUUGCCUUUUCUUCCGUCCGAAAGAAGCUCCGUCGAUACGAGAUGGCCGAGGUGGCAACAGAGGAAGUCCUGGUGACCGUGACCCAGAAAGAGGAGCCGCUUGUUCCGGUGCCGGAGCCGGAGCCGGAGACAGCGCCGCCAGUGAAAGUGGAAGUGAUCGAGCCGGAGAAUCCGAAGCCGGUCGGGCCGCAUAAAGUGCCCGAAUCGAUGGUUUCCUUCAAGGAAGAGAGCAACGUCGUCGCCGAUCUCUCGGCUUCCGAGAGAAAGGCGCUUGAAGAACUGGAGGUUCUUGUCCGUGAAGCUCUGGACAAGCAUGACUUCACUUUCCCGCCGCCGGCGGUGGUGGCGAAAGUGGAAGAGCCAGUUGUAACCACCGGGCCCACUCCUGAUAUUCCACUGGCCGGUCCGGAAACUGAAACCCACAUCGCCGGAUCAAAGACAGGAAAGGAAACCUCACCCACCAAUGAAUCCACAGGUUCCGCCGGAGAGGUUUCAAUCUGGGGCGUGCCUCUUCUGAAGGACAAGAAAAGCGACGUGAUCCUGCUCAAGUUUCUGAGAGCCCGAGACUUCAAGGUGAAGGACGCUUUCACAAUGCUGAGGAACACAAUCCGUUGGAGGAAGGAGUUCAACAUCGACUCCUUGAUCGACGAGGACCUCGGCGACGAUCUCGACAAGGUUGUGUUUAUGCACGGUCUCGAUAAGGAAGGCCACCCGGUGUGUUACAAUGUGUAUGGCGAAUUUGAGAACAAAGAAUUGUACCAGAAAACGUUUGCCGAUGAGGAGAAGAGGAUGAAGUUCUUGCGUUGGAGGAUUCAGUUCCUCGAGAAAAGUAUUAGGAAGCUUGAUUUUAGCCCUGGAGGUAUUUCUACCAUUUUUCAGGUGAGCGAUCUGAAGAACUCGCCGGGCCCGGCCAAGAGGGAGCUCCGAAUCGCGACCAAACAGGCCUUGCAUCUUCUGCAAGACAACUAUCCGGAGUUUGUUGCCAAGCAGGUUUUCAUCAAUGUGCCAUGGUGGUAUCUGGCUUUCUACACAGUGAUCAGUCCAUUCCUGACUCAAAGGACCAAAAGCAAGUUUGUAUUUGCUGCGCCACCAAAAACAGCUGAAACCCUUUUCAAAUACAUUUCUCCGGAGCAAGUGCCGAUUCAGUAUGGCGGCCUUAGUGUGGAUGCAUGUGAUUGCAACCCUGAAUUCGGCUUUGAUGAUCCUGCCACAGAGAUUACUGUUAAGCCUGCAACGAAGCAAACUGUGGAGAUCCAAGUGAUGGAGAAAUGUAUUAUCGUCUGGGAGCUUCGAGUUGUGGGCUGGGAAGUGAGCUACGGUGCUGAAUUCGUGCCUGAUGCUGAAGGUGCAUACAUAGUGGUCAUACAGAAGCUGAAGAAAAUGUCCCCAACUGAUGAACCUGUGGUGUCUCAUAGCUUCAAAAUCAGUGAACUUGGUAAGCUUUUGCUGACCAUUGACAACUCCACCGCAAAAAGAAAGAAGAUGGUUUACAGGUUCAAGGUCAAACCAUUCGGUGAUUGAAAACCAUGAACCAUCAGAGUUGCCUUGGUAUGACUUGCAUGGGAGCGCCCGAAAUUCCAAUAUUUUGUUUAUUGGUCUUGUUUUACUGAUUGAAGGUGUACAUUGUUUUGUCGUGCUAGUAGGUGGGUAUACUUGGGCCUUAAAACUAUAGUCUUUUGUCUGGGAACUUUAUAUCUUGUGUCUCCUUGUUCUUCGGUCAUUUUCUGUCUUGCUUUAUCUCUUCGGCAGAGUUUCUGGUGGCCAAAUCAUGAUCUGACUUCACAGUGGCUCUGAAGGCCUCCAACAAACAUGUACAGGGCUAGCAAAAGAUGACUCUGAGAGUAGGGUAUGUGUGUGUUAAGAAAUAUUGGUGUGUAAACUUUUGUCUGCUCUGGCAUCGGACAAUCUGCUUUGUAUACCUAUAGUGGAUGCUUGUUUUUAUGUAUUAUGCGGGCACCCAAAUUGUUAGCAAAUACACCAUAGCGAGAGUGUGUUGGUUGUUGUUUCAUAACUUUUCAUUUGAUUUCCAUCUUGAUAAAGAGUAAAGUGUUUUAGAAUGGCAUCUACAAUGCUGGUUUAUGCUCUCUCAA